CACAAUGUAAACAUCCUUUGGGUAUGGAAUCAGGAGCCAUAGCAGAUUUUCAAAUAACCGCCAGUACAGCACAUGAUAUGGGUAAUGUUGGCCCACAACAUGCCAGAUUGAAGGUCGAUAACAAUGGUGGUGCAUGGUGUCCAAAACACAUGGUAUCAAGAGGAUUAAAGGAAUAUUUACAAAUUGAUUUGUUGCAAGUUCAUGUGAUAACGGGCAUUCGGACACAAGGACGCUUUGGUAAGGGUCAGGGCCAAGAAUACACUGAAGCUUAUGUGGUGGAGUAUUGGCGUCCUGGUAUGGAAAAAUGGCGUCGUUGGAAGAAUAUACAGGGCAAGGAGAUAUUGCCCGGUAAUAUUAACACUUAUAGUGAAGUUGAAAAUGUUUUGCAACCCAUUAUUUUUGCCACAAAAAUACGCAUCUAUCCCUAUUCACAAUAUGAUCGUACGGUGUGUUUAAGAGCUGAAGUUGUAGGAUGUCCCUGGGAAGAGGGCAUUCUAUCGUACAGCAUACCAAAAGGCGUACAACGUGGCAUGGAAAUCGAUUUAUCUGAUAAAUCUUAUGAUGGUCAUGAAGAAGAUGAACGUUUUGUUGAAGGUUUAGGUCAAUUGGUUGAUGGUCAAAAGGGCAAAGAUAAUUUUCGUUUAGAUCAAGGUUUUGGGCAAGGUUACGAAUGGGUGGGUUGGCGCAACGAUACCGCCAAUUUGCAAGGACGUCCCGUCGAAAUUACUUUUGAAUUUGAUGGCGUGAGGAAUUUUAGUGCUGUGGUUAUCCACACCAAUAAUAUGUAUGCAAAAGAUGUACAGGUUUUCGUUCAUGCCAAAGUCUUUUUUAGCAUUGGUGGACGACAGUAUAUUGGUGAACCAGUACAAUUUUCUUAUAUGCCAGAUACGAUAUUGGAUCACGCUCGCGACGUGACAAUCAAAUUACAUCAUCGUUUGGGUAAAUAUCUACAAUUGCAUUUAUAUUUUGCGGCACGUUGGCUGAUGUUAAGUGAGAUUACAUUUAUAUCAGCUCCUGUAAUAGGAAACUUUACUGAUGAAGAGUUUAUGGGUCCCAGUGGUUCACAAGAUAAUUCUGAAUAUCUUCAAAGAGAUGAAGUAGCCAGAGUGCCCUUUAGCAGAGAUCGUAACAACUAUAUGCCAUCAGUAAUUGCACCAAAACCCAUCGACCAGGAACCGGAUUCAAGUUUCGUUGGCAUUUUAAUCACUGUCCUUACAACAAUUAUUUUACUUUUGGUUGCCAUAAUACUGGCGAUAAUUGCCCGUAAUAAACGUGGACAUGGCGGUAAUGUUUUGGAUGCCUUCCAACAUAAUUUUAAUCCUGACACAUUGGGUGGCGUUGACAAUAAACGUUUAAAUUGCAAUGGUAUGAAGGCCGUCACCAUGGAACCCGAUAGUGAGUCCAUAGACAAAUCAAGUUUAUAUCAUGAACCGUUUAAUGUCAACAUGUACACAAGUGCAGCUAGUGCUUGUUCCAUAAACGAUCUGCAACGACAACAUGUAUCACCAGAUUACACAGAUGUUCCAGAUAUUGUUUGUCAAGAUUAUGCUGUGCCGCACAUGCAAGAUUUGAUACCAACACAAAAAUCAAAUUCUUUAUAUAGUGGUGCUGGUAGUAUUUUAGGCAGUGGUAUCGGCGGUGGUGCCAGUUCAAAUUGUAGCAAUAGUAAUUACAAUGCAACAUUAACUACAAACCGCAACAAUACUCUUAACAAUAUGUUUCAUAUGAAGAUACCACCACCACCGCCACCACCAACUGCCUCAGCACCAACAUGCCUAACAUCGCAACAAACAACAACAUCAGCAGCAGUAAACACAACACUCUCAUCGUCGUCAUCAGGCUCAUCGGCGUCUUCAUCAUCACAUUAUGCACUACAUCAGCAUCAGAAUCACCAACAGCAACCGCAAACAUCACCAGCAUCAUCACAUUUCGUAGUAGGUGCUACUUCUGCAACACUACUACCACCACCACCGCCAGCACCAACGACAACAGCAGCAAUGUCCUCAGAGAAAUAUUAUGCUGCAAUGGCAAUUUGUAAAGCCAAUAUGGCGUCAACACUGGCUAACAGCAAUGGCAGUAGUAGCAAUAAUGCAGUACAAGAACAGCAACAGCAGCAAAAAAUUGUAAACACUCACUCAAACUCACAGACACAACAGCAACCCGUACAAGUAAAUACAGCAACAACAAUACCAACUGCCACCGGAACAUUGCCAAAUGGUAAAAGUGGUUUUCUACAAGGAAAUUCUCCAAAUACACAUACUCUACCUACAAAUAUCAGUCUAAAUUUUGAAUCAUCAACUUAUGGCAUUGGUGGUGGCAAUACAACGUUGUCAUCAGCAACUACUGGUGGUGGAGGUGCAACAGCAGGUGCUGGUACUAAUACCAGUUUAACAUUGACAAAACCACAUCAUUACAAUUUGACCGAAUUGAAUGAUUUCAUGAAUAAUGCAGAUGCUGCAGAUGAACUGGCCAAUUGUCAGUUGCAAGAAUUUCCAAGACAUUCUCUUGUUAUUGUGGAAAAAUUAGGCUGUGGUGUAUUUGGAGAAUAUCAUUUGUGCGAAACAAAGGGAUUGAGCACUAAUUUAGUAGCUGUUGCAACAUUACGACCCGGUGCACCCGAUCAUAUGCGUAAAGAAUUUCGCCUGAAAGCCAAACAAUUAUCGCGUCUAAAAGAUGCAAAUGUGGCGCCUUUGGUAGGCGCCUGUCUGCGUGAUGAACCCAUUUGUAUGGUCUUGGAUUACAGCAAUUGUCUGGGUGAUUUAAAUCAAUUUCUGCAAGAACAUAUAGCUGAAACUAAAGCGGCAGUACAACAACCAAACAUGAUGAAAUAUCAAACUUAUGGCUGCCUGGUAUAUAUCGCAACACAAAUUGCAUCGGGCAUGAAAUAUUUGGAACAAAUGAAUUUUGUUCAUAGAGAUUUAGCAACAAGGUAAGUUUGUAUUUCCUUUAAUGUUUUUUAUUUGAAAUACGUGUAUGAAGGA